AUCAUAUUAAAACAUGACCCGCUCCAAAAAAUCUACAACUCUCCUCCAUUCACCAAGCUCACUCCUACGUAGUAGACGCCUCCCUCGCACCAAACCCAACAACUGGCUACGAUGUGCGCCUGCAUAUCUCCUCAUGAUCAUCUCCAUGAUGAUCUCUCUCUUUGCUACCCUUUCCUCCGCUGCUCCCCUACCAGGAUUUCCAACGGCGAGUAAAGCUCCAGGAGAUGAUGAUAAUGGCAAUAAUGAUCUUGAUGAUGUCCUCGGAGAUGCGCGUGAGGGACCCUACAACAUCUCGACUCAGGCGAAAAUUGCAGGCGCCAUCUUGAUUAUCCUAGGCUUUAUUCUCUGUUUCUUUGGCUACCGAAUCUAUUAUGUAACCUUAUUCAUUGCUGGAUUUUACUUCCUGGGUAACCUCUCUUACAUUGGUAUGGCGAAUGCUGGUGUAUCCUCCUACACUCUCCUGUUGGUAAUCUCCAUCAUAGUUGGCAUCAUCGGAGGAUUGUUCCUUAUCUUUUGUUCCAGACUCGGAGCUGCUGUCUUGGGCGCCUUGGCGUUCUAUGCUGUGGGACUUUGGAUCCUGGGUUGGAAAUCCGGUGGAGUCAUCACCAAUUCUUCAGGCCGAAUCUCCUUGCUGGUCGUCCUCGCGGUCAUUGGCUUCGUGAUCGGGCUUUUUAAUGAGAAGGAAAUGGUGAUCGUAGCCUCUGCUAUCGUAGGCGCUUACUCCUUCGUCGUUGGUGUGGACAUGUACGCUCAUACUGGCUUCACCUCUCGUGCAGACUCCUUCAUCAACUCUCGAAACAGUGUUGAAUCUCAUUUCGAGGAUGAGCCUGCAGGUGCCUAUGCUCUGCUCGGAACGUUCUUGGUUAUGGCUAUCUUGGGUAUGCUUAUUCAGUUCUAUUCUUGGGGAAGGACCAGAACUUUCCGUCCUGUAGCAGCUGUCGCUCCUGUUGUCCCUGUUGCCCCUGUUGCUCCCGUGGCACCCGCCGUUGCUGGUGCUCCCGGUACUGCUCCUAUUGCGCCUGUUGCUGACCCCGUCUAUACAGAGAAGCCCGUCGUUAGCCGCUGGGGAAGAUUCUUUGGGCGCCGUUACUAA